GUGUAGUUCCGGCCAGGGCUGUGAGGGUGUGGAUCGUUUCGGUGUGUUGAGGCUGACUUAGUGGAGGUGGAAGCUUUGAGAAAGAUCUUACAACACUCAAAUCACCCUUCAACAAUGGCUGAAGAAAUCCCACCUCUGGAGGUGCUCUUGGAGCUCGCCAAGUCAGCUUUCCGUGGCAAAUACGGACACGAAGCCACGGUGAUGGCCUGUGCUCCGGGCCGGGUCAACCUGAUCGGGGAGCAUACCGAUUACAAUGAGGGACUCGUGUUUCCGAUGGCUCUUCCCCUGGUGACGGUGGUGGUCGGUGGCCGCUCUGACUCGGACCAGUGUCACGUGACCACCCUGGCGGCCGGGGCCGACGCGCCCCUAUCGGUGACCUUUGACCUGCCGACAGAAGAGGCGCCGCUCCAGCCGGGACCCCCGGCCUGGUCCAACUACGUCAAGGGAGUUGUGGCCAACUUCAAAGGCGGCGUGGUGCCUUUCGAAGCGGUGCUGGCCUCGACCGUUCCUCUGGGAGCGGGUCUCUCCAGUUCUGCCUCUCUAGAGGUGGCCAUGUAUACCUUCCUCGAGGCACUCACUGGACGAAAGGCAGAAAGCCUACGCGAAAAGGCGCUGCAGUGUCAGAAGGCGGAGCACGAGUUUCCCGGAAUGCCCUGCGGCAUUAUGGACCAGUUCAUUUCGGCCAUGGGUCGAAAGGACAACGCCCUCCUCAUUGACUGCAGGUCUCUGGAGUCAACUCUAGUUCCACUGGCCGACCACCAGGUGGCAGUGCUGAUCACCAACUCCAAUGUUCGACACACACUGACUGGAUCAGAGUACCCCAGCCGACGGCGAGCCUGCUUCGAAACGGCACAAGUCCUCGGAGUCAAAUCGCUGCGAGAAGCGACCAUGGAACUGCUAAAAGAGCGGCAAGGUGACAUUUCCGAAGAAGACUACCGUCGCGCUCGUCACGUGAUCACUGAGAUAGCCCGGACAGAGGCGGCUGCUGAGGCCUUCAAAAAGGGCGACUACGUCACAGCGGGGAAACUGAUGAACGAAAGUCACGCAUCGCUCAGGGACGACUACGAGGUGUCGUGCGCGGAGCUGGACCAUCUGCAGAGGCUCGCCGCCGAAGUGGAGGGGGUGUUCGGAUCCCGGAUGACCGGAGGGGGGUUCGGAGGGUGCACCGUCACGCUGCUCAAAGAAACUGCUGUGGACGCGUGCAUUGAGAAGCUGAAGAGUGAGUACGCCGGCAGUGCCACUUUUUACGUUUGCCGUCCGGCUGAUGGCGCUAUCGUCAUCUCAGCCUAAUAGAGGUGUCGCUGCUGUCUUAGUAUAGAUGUUGCUGCAGUAUAGCUCAUUAGAACUAUGUAGCGGGAUUAUUAAAUGCAGUGCUGCUGAAUAUAGGUGUGCGUGGUAGGUUUGCUACACAUUAAUUUGUGCCAGUAUUUUGUGGAAAUGUGUGCUCUGCCAUUGAAGUAUUUGUCAAAUAUGAGAUAUUGUAUUUUUAGUGCACGCACACUGCACGGUAGCAGUGUAAGUUUGUUGGAUAUUUUCUGACCUACGACCAGUGUUAUCCCAACACUUACAAAGUCAUGACAGUUUCAGUAUUUGUAGUGGGCUAGUCACAUUGAAAUUACGAGCAGCUAGUCAUUGUUUCAAGUGUGCAUUGCAUUGAACGUUGUCCGUUUCAAAGCAGCGAAUGUUUUGAUUGGUGAUACAAUCAUCGCCAUUCUUGUGAUCGGUUGAAUGGUGCAAAUAUUGCUAGAGUGAUGUGCCGAAUAAAUGGACAAUGAUCCACGAUA